GCUUUAAUAAUACUCUAUAGCGACGUUAAAAAAAUGAAAAAAUCUGGUUUGUUUACCAAGGUCUGAACGAACCUACUUGGGAUGGCGUCAGAAAGAAGGGUUAUGAGACAAAAAAAAAAGAUCAGAGCCAUGUAGGUACCUACAGUACCUGGUAGAUACUAUAGGUAUAAUUACAUUUCGUAAAAGUACGUAUGUCAUUAUAUAGGUACCUAUCUGACCUUAAACCUGCACCUAUAAUAUGUUGCUGUAGAUUAGUUGAAAGUUUUUUUUUCCAAUACGUAGUUGGUUUUAAGCUCUUUCUUCUUUCAGUCUGGCGGCAUAUUGUCCGCUGUUGCCACAGCAUCCUUUCAAUAUAUACCUACACACGCUAUAUACGCAGCUCUGAUACGCCGUCGUAUAGGACGCGAGUCUGGUCAUUGCUGAUGUUGUUUUGUUGCUUAAUAGACUUAAAGUCGAAUGUGUGUGUGUGUGUGUGUGUGUGUUGCAGGAGCAAUAACAGCAGCAAAGGCAACAGCAGCAGCAUCAUCGCGGACUGCUGUCCGCAACCGAGCCAAAGUCUUUGCCGCUGCUGCGGCUGGGGGAUAAUAUGGUGGUCAGUCUGUCGUCGAUUGAUGCAGGUGAGCUGGCUGUGUCGAUCUCAAUCUCACUCACGCUCUACCGCUAUCUUCAGCCUUGUCACGCACUGUCCGUAAUAGAGAGACGGCCAUGAUUCUUGACCGAUGUUUGCGUGUCGCAGCCGCCUAUGUCCGAAUAAAUCUUUGGCUGGAGGUACGACCUCCUACGCCGUACCCAAGUCGGCACGGUACGAGUGUGAGAGAGACACGUUCACUGGACCGUGCAAAUGGUCGAUCGGGAUACAAAUAACAUAAGCGCCGGUAACGAAAUUUUACCUGUCUGCCUACUUAUAAUCACUAUGGGAGAGUGUGAGUACCACAUUCAGAACUGAAUAGGCAUUUUACCGUACAUGAAACACAAACUCGACUUUAAAUUAAACCAAAACAUAAAAGGGGACUGUGGCAGGUACUCCAAAUACCAGAACACUGGUGUAUUUACAUUGUGAGCAUUUUCAUCGCAAUACUCGAGGUGUUGUGGUAUUUGGAGCAAGUCCUCCCGGUUUAAUGUAUUUAUGUAAAUAUCUUUCCACGAUGAGUGAUUUAUGACUGCUGUCCGAUUUCUUUUGCCGGAUAGGCAUUUACCUAAUUAUGCAUGUUUUUUCGUGAGUCGUGAGCAUUUCUUUGUGCAUUGGUAUUGGUGAAUAAAAUGCAGGUCGGUUGAUUUUUUCGUAUUUACCUUCUUGUAGUCCCUUGGAGUGAAAAUUUUUAUGGACUUGUAUAGAGAGAGAGGAAUGGUGGGUUUGUUUUUAUUGUGGACACCUGUUGGCGGCGUAUACGUUGGAAAUUUCCAUUAUUUCUUCAGUGGUCGGUCACAGGUAGAUUUGUCUACGCUCAUGAGUUGGCUUUGGAAGCUUAAGCCUGGAGGCUGAGACUGGAGCCGGCGAAGAACGUGCCUAGCUACGACGUACUGUUGCGGUGGUUGAGUCUCAAUCGACAAGGACGCAUGCCUCUUGCUAGCCUGUGUGCUAGAGUCGUAAUACCUGCAGCCAGGCAUCGAGUAAAGCCUGCCGCUGCUAACAGUCAGUAGAGUACUAGUUCGAAACACCUGUAGACGGUUAGUAUGUGAUUGAAAAAUAAAAAGCUGCCUUUAGGUAUUGAGGAAUGUUUGAGUUUGCUGCUGCUUUUCGAUGUUUCAUCCCGAUCCAACGAAAUUAGUGAAUUGUAGUGAUGCCAUGGGUAAUCGAAUCUUCGGACAAAGGGAGCCUCUUUGAUAGAAAGCGCAACGAAGUUUAGCAAGAGUAAGUGCGAGAGAAAAAGAGAGAGAACGAAGACCCUGUUACAAGAACAAAAAAAAAAUAAAGAUCAGCCAUAUCGGUGCCAUACAACAUAUAGUAAUACUUAAUUAGUGCAAUAAACGCUCAACGUGAUUCUGUGAUACCUGUGUAUUAGGACGCUCAAAUAAAAAUAUAAAUAUAGAGAUACGUAGAUAGGUAGUUAGUUAAAAAUCUUAGUUAAAAGAAAAUAAUGACCCGCCGAAACAUAGAAGACGUGUCGUCGAAUGGUUCGCCAGCAGUGGAGGGUGAGGGUGGCUUGAUGUCUCCUCCACCCCCGCAAGCGUCGCCGGCCGAUCGGUCUCCUUACCGAGAAUCGCCCGUAUCUCCGACAAUGCUCGCCACUAUGACACCUGUAAACGUGCUGGAAUUGAAAAAGGAAAUGGACGAGAAACGUGCCAUCGGGAAUUCCCCCGUUUAUACGCAAGUUAAAACUGAAGUUUUGUACGAAAAAGAUGACGAAGUGUACAGCCACGAAGUCGGCGAAUCAAAAGAAACCCCGAUCGAUCUUAUUUACGACGACGGUAGUAAAACUGUCAUUUAUACAACAACCCCCGGUCAAAAGGGUUUCGAAAUGUAUUCGUCCAAUAAUGCUAGUGAUAUAACAGUUAAUAAUGUUAGUGCGCAUCAGAUACAAGGACAGCACAUUUCGGACGUGCUUAUAGACGGAAGUAAUUCUGGUGGUUUAGGGGAUUCGUCGGGAAAUCCUACAGGCACUGUGUCCGUUGUAUUGCAAGGGAACAGUCAAGGAUUGCUUCAAUAUCCCCACCAAUCUCAAGUGCCUGCCACGACGGUCUUGCUCGUUUCGGAACUCGUCGAUGACAUGGGACUACCUGUUGUCGGAUUAAGAAAACGCAAAGAAAAUUUGGAGACCAACGGCGGUACACAUUCAAGGAGCGGUGCAGGUUUACCAGUGGCGGUGCCGCGGGUAAUGGCCGAAUUGCCCGAGGGGGGCAGCGCCCCUCCCGAUGACCAACAAACUUGGCGAGCCUACUACGAACACCCACUCACUGCAGCCACCACUGCUAUGUUAAAUAUCGGCGCCGGUGGCACCGAUGACCAAACAGCCACAAUGGGUCUGAUCUGUGAAUAUUACAAAGUGCCAUCAUUACUUUCCGGUGAUUCCAAGGAUAAAUUAGCUGAAUUAUGGCCAGCAAACACUUCGCAAGCCGGAGGCAUCCUCACAUCACAGCUCAAAGCAGCCAAUGGUUUGGUGAGUGGGGCAGGACUGGAACUGUCAACUCCGCCUCUGAGUAGCGCCUCUGGAAGUAACGGCGGCGGCGGCGGCCAGCUAUGUUCACAAGACAUUCAGGGACUGUUUGUUAACCAACACGUCGGAUACGCUUCUACCGUGACGUCCUCAGGUGGCGGUGGCAACCUGCAGAUAGUUAAGCGCGAACCUGAAGAUCUCAGUCACCACCGCAAAAGUAGCUCCGUCUCGCCGGGACUCGACGGUGGAUCCAUAAUCGUGAGCAAACCCAGACAUAAGGUAGUAUUGGUAUCAUCUGCAACUACCGAACCAGGCAGUCUGGUGGUGGACGUAAAUUCGAUAAAAGAUGAAAGUCGAUUGAAUUCACCUCAACACGGUUCCCGUUCGGUAAACGGAACCCCCACAUCGACUCAUAGCAGUUUGCUCGCAGACGGUUCGAAUAAUGGUCCUGUAGAAUUCGUUUCGUCGGAUGGCAUCAAGCAAGCAAUGUACGGAACUCAAAUUUUCACAUCGAUAAGCGGUGGCCAUGGCGAAAGUAGUUCGCCGUCCCCAGGACCCUAUGGAGAUAACGGUGUGUCGUAUUCGACCCACGGCACCUCGGCUACUUACUCCAGUCGCACGGUACCAUCGGCAACUCUCUCGGCGGAUCCUUAUUAUCGGGAAUACUUUACAACAGUCACGUCCGCUGCCGGUACUUCUGAACCCAUUUACUCAACACAGCUACGACAAGGCCAAAUUAGCACUUACGGAGAAGAAGCAUCCGGCAGCAGUUCUACAAACAGUUUCGUUGAGCGAUACGUUCGUCAAUCUAGUGCCUAUCACAGUAAAGGUGUCAUAGCUGCUGCAACUGCUGCAGGACUUACGGUCGACUUGCCCAGCCCCGAUAGUGGUAUCGGUACCGAUGCCAUUACACCCAGAGAUCAAAAUACAAUACAACAGUCUUUCGACUACCCAGAACUGUGCCAAACUAAUUCCUCGAGCCUCUUAGAUCCCUUAUCUCUAAGUCAGAGAUGUGUAGUGACAACUGCUCAAUCUCCAGUAUCUCAACAAAGCAGUCGGAGUCGUCCAUGGCAUGAUUUCGGUCGCCAAAACGACGCUGACAAAAUUCAAAUCCCAAAAAUAUUCUCUCCUUAUGGUUUUAAGUAUUUCUUAGAAACGCCUAUUUCAACGUCUCAAAGGCGCGAAGACGACAGAAUAACUUACAUAAAUAAGGGCCAGUUUUAUGGAAUAACACUAGAAUACAUUCCGGAGCCUGAUAAGCAAUUAAAAUUGCAAACAGUCAAAAGUAUUGUUAUGCUGAUGUUCAGGGAAGAAAAGAGCCCUGAGGAUGAGAUCAAGGCGUGGCAAUUUUGGCAUGGACGGCAGCAUUCCAUUAAACAACGAAUUCUAGAUGCAGAUACCAAAAAUAGUGUGGGUCUUGUUAGCGGUAUUGAAGAAGUCGCCCACAAUGCCAUAGCUGUCUAUUGGAAUCCCUUAGAGAGUCCUGCAAAGAUAAACGUUGCUGUACAGUGUCUAAGUACUGACUUUAGCAGCCAAAAAGGUGUAAAAGGUCUACCUUUACAUUUACAAAUUGACACAUACGAAGAUCCUAGGGAACCGACUGUUAGUCAUCGAGGCUACUGUCAAAUAAAAGUCUUCUGUGAUAAAGGGGCGGAACGUAAGACAAGGGACGAGGAGAGGAGGGCAGCAAAACGUAAGAUGACUGCAACUGGUAGGAAAAAAUUGGAUGAAUUGUAUCAUCCAGUUUGUGACCGUUCCGAAUUUUAUUCUAUGAGUGAUCUAACAAAACCUCCUGUUUUAUUUACACCUGCAGAAGAUAUAGAUAAGCUAACGUCGAUGGAACUUCAAGGGUUUUAUGCUCAUGAUACAGAUAGUUCCCUAAGUGGUCCUACAGAUCAUAUCAAAUCAGGAUCUCCCUUCCUUUUGCACACUGCAACGAAACCUCCGUCAACACCAACGUUAAAAUUCCACAAUCAUUUCCCUCCUGACUCAGAUAAAAAGGAUAGUCUUUUAGAUGGCAGCCUUAAUACUGAUGGAAAUCUAUUCUCUCCACCCCCUAAACGUGCCAAAAUAUUAAGUAGCGGACCUAGUAGUACAGGACCUCCACCCCUUAACGAACGAGUUAUGCUGUAUGUUCGUCAAGAUUCUGAAGAUAUUUACACGCCACUGCAUGUGGUCCCGCCAUCAACUCAGGGCCUUUUAAAUGCAAUUGAGAAUAAGUACAAAAUUUCUGCUUCAAGCAUAAAUAACUUGUAUCGCAAAAACAAAAAAGGGAUUACAGCCAGAAUUGAUGAUGAUAUGGUGGCUUAUUAUUGCAAUGAAGACUUGUUUUUGUUAGAGCUGAAGGCCGUAGAUGACAAUUUGUUUGAUAUUACGUUCGUAGAACUAAAUGAUCAUUAAUUUGACCGUUUACAACGAUAUUAUGUUUACGUACUCAUUUCAUACUUGUUGUGAUUGUUUUUAAGCUGACUAGUGUUAAGAAAAAAUUGUAAUUGUAGAUUUUUAUAUCCUAUUUAUAGUUUUUAAAGAUGUUAUGUUUUUUAGAGCCAUUUUGGUCACCUUUAAAGUUACUCGGUCAAUGUUAUACUUUAAUAUUAUUUUGCUAGGUAUCUAUCUAUCUAUCUAUCUAUCUAUAUAAAUAUGUAUUGUAUACAUAUACAUUGUUAAAGUAUAUGUUAAAAAGUACCUUCGAUGUCCCACACCUUGCCGGCAAUUUUUUAUUUAAUGUAAUUACAUAAGAAAAUUCCAAUGAAUAGUUUGUAAUUUUUUCACUUUGCUCAUAAACUGAUAAUCACAAUCAGCAGCGUAACCGUAAUGCUGAAAUGGUCACCAAUGAUCUCAAAAUUUUGUUUAAACGCGAUUUAAACAGAAACUGGAAUGUACAGAAAAGAAAACCUUAUUUUACGAAUAUAAGGGAGGGGUGAAAUGGGUCGACACAUACUGUAAAUAUAAAGACAAUAGAAGUGUUUGUUAAGCAAUUAAUGUAUAUAUACCUAGGUGAUUUUCAUGUCAGAUGUAAUUAAAAAUUAAUGUUGUCAGAUACAAUUAUGUAUGGCUGUUAUCAGCUUAUACAGUCAAAAGUACUUCUCUCCAAACGUUCAAAUCAUUUUGGCAGCAGGAUCAUUCAUUCGUUUAUUAAAAUCAAGAUACAGUAAUAUUCGUUAAAUUAAACUUACUAAACGAUGUUAAAAAAAAAAAAAACUUCUGAUACGCUAUUAUCGUUGAAAAGUGUUUAAGGUAUUAUGUAUACUUUUAUGUUUUCUGGUUGCUUUACUUUGUUGUAAAUUAUUGUGAACAGCCGAUCAAAAAGUAUGUAAUGAUUCUAUAAUUUUUUUCAGCGUUGCAUAACCCUGUUGAACAAGAGUAAUACAAGAACAUAACGAAAUUUGUACCUGACUUACGCUUUACGUUUUAUUUUUCACAAGGGAAUUUUCAGUGUCAUUCUAAUUAGCCAUAUUUUCAAUUUUUUUUAGAGUGAACGGCAAUUCCAGAAUCUUAUAUUAAUUAAUUAGAAAAGAAUUUUCUUUUCUUGUUAUGAACACUUUUGUAAUUAGAAAGACAACUGUUGGUUUAAUCUGAAAUUACUUUGUGUUAUAUGUGCGAAUGCUGCAACUUAUUUUGAUGGAAACAUUUUUAGCUUAAGUAUUUUUAUAUGAAGUAUAAAAUAGCUCUCUAAUAUCUAAUGGUUAGAUAUGUUUACAUCUACCUGCAUAUGUAUUUUGUGCCUUUGUACGCGACUUUUCGUUGAAUCUUUGCCAAUAAUUUUAAUGAUAAUAAUCGCAAUACUAUUUAAGAAACUUCUGUAGCUAUCUUAAGAUCGAAUAAACUUUUAUAUUAUA